CUGAAACAGAAGUCGUCGCUUCCGUAUUGCGAAAAAGCAGUUGAACAUUUCGGCAAUUACGUAUCUUGAAAAUACUAUUGUGUAAGAUCAGGGGAUCCCAGUAAACAGAGUGUGUUUGGCUAAAAUGAGUUCGUGUGAAAAAGAGGACCAUGAUUGUGAGCCUCAGAGCCCACAGACACACAGACCUCCAUCUCCAGUGCCCAGCUGUGUGUCCAUGAAGAGUGAUCGGUCCAUGGAUAUUAUUCCCGACUUCAGCAGUGAACCAGUUCCAUCAGGUCUAAACCCACAGACACACAGACCUCCAUCUCCAGUGCCCAGCUGUGUGUCCAUGAAGAGUGAUCGGUCCAUGGAUAUUAUUCCCGACUUCAGCAGUGAACCAGUUCCAUCAGGUCUAAACCCACAGACACACAGACCUCCAUCUCCAGUGCCCAGCUGUGUGUCCAUGAAGAGUGAUCGGUCCAUGGAUAUUAUUCCCGACUUCAGCAGUGAACCAGUUCCAUCAGGUCUAAACCCACAGACACACAGACCUCCAUCUCCAGUGCCCAGCUGUGUGUCCAUGAAGAGUGAUCGGUCCAUGGAUAUUAUUCCCGACUUCAGCAGUGAACCAGUUCCAUCAGGUCUAAAAUUUCAGCAGUUCCACAAAUCCCACCUGCAGAAGAAGUUUCAGUGUCUGAUUGAGGGAAUCGCACAGCAGGGAGACACCAGACUCCUCCAUGAGAUCUACACAGACAUCUACAUCAUAGAGGGGGGAAGAGGAGAGGUCAAUGAUGAGCAUGAGGUCAGACAGAUAGAGACGGCAUUCUGGAGAGAAGCAGAACAAGGCAGACCCAUCAAAUGCAGUGACCUCUUUAAACGCUUCCUGGAAGAGGACAGACGCAGAAAAGAACGCUUCCUGGACGAGGACAGACGCAGAAAAGAUAAGGGAAAAAAGAAGGGAACAGUCUUUGAGUCCAGACAAGACAAACCCCUCAGAACAACAGUGCUGACAAAGGGAGUGGCUGGCAUUGGAAAAACCGUCUCAGUGCAGAAGUUCAUUCUGGAUUGGGCGGAAGGAAAAGCCAAUCAGGAUGUCCACUUCAUAUUUCCUCUUCCUUUCCGGGAGCUGAACCUGAUGAAGGAGAAGGAACUCAGUCUGGUGGAUCUUAUUCAGCACUUUUUCCCAGAAAUCAAAGAUCCCAGAGUCUUCACCAGUUCAGAGCACAGAGUCAUGUUCAUCUUUGAUGGUCUGGAUGAGUGUCGACUUCCUCUAGAUUUCCUCUACAACCCGAGGUGUUGUGAUGUGACAGAGCCAGCCUCAGUGGACGUGCUGCUGACAAACCUCAUCGAGGGAAAUCUGCUUCCUUCUGCUCUCCUCUGGAUCACCGCACGACCAGCAGCAGCCAAUCAGAUCCCUCCUGAGUGUGUGGGCCAGGUGACAGAAAUAAGGGGAUUCAAAGACCCACAGAAAGAGGAGUACUUCAGGAAGAAAAUAAGUGAUGAGAACCUGGCCAGCAGAACCAUCACACACCUGAAGACAUCCAGGAGCCUCUACAUCAUGUGCCACAUUCCAGUCUUCUGCUGGAUUUCAGCCACUGUUGUAGAGAAAACAUCAAAAAAAUCAGACAAAGUAGAAAUGCCACGGACUCUGACUCAAAUGUACACACACUUCCUGUUCAUUCAGACUGGCAUAAAAAAUGUCAAGUACACAGAGAGAAAAGAGACAGAUGAAGAGGUGAUUUACAAACUGGGGAAACUGGCUUUCCAACAGCUGGAGAAGGACAAUCUGAUCUUCUAUGAGGAAGACCUGAGAGAAUGUGGCAUUGAUGUCACAGAAGCAUCAGUAUACUCAGGAGUGUGUACUCAGAUCUUCAGAGAUGAGGCUGGGUACCAGGGGAAAGUGUUCAGCUUUGUGCAUCUGAGCAUCCAGGAGUUUCUUGCAGCUCUGUAUGUGUUCCUCUGCUUCAGCAACAGACAGAGAAACAUGCCUGACCAACAGCAAACCUCUCAGCUCUCUGCUCUGUUCAGAGCUGCAACACUUCAUGACCUACACAAGACUGCAGUGGACCUGGCCUUACAGAGUAAGAAUGGACACCUGGACCUUUUCCUCCGCUUCCUUCUGGGCCUCUCACUGGAGUCCAAUCAGAAUCGCUUAAAGCAUCUACUGCCACAGAGUAGCAGCCAAUCAAAUAACUCCGAGCAAACAGUCCAGCAUGUCAAACAGAAGAUCAGAGAUCAGAAGAGCCCACACAAAAGGAUCAACCUGUUCUACUGUCUGAAUGAGCUGAAUCACCACGCUGUAGUGGAGCACAAAAUCCCCUUAGAAACUCUGAAUGUAGAGACACUCUUACCAGGACAGUGGAAGACUAAGACAUUUGAGUUGAAGAUGACAAAGGCGCAGCUGGCUGAGUUUGACCUGCAGAAGUACAUAAAGACACCAGAGGAAGAUCAGACUGAACUCCUUAGUCCAGAUGAAGUUCUUCAGAAGGUGCUGCCAGCAGUCACUUCAGCUCUACUGAAACAUUGUGGUCUCAGUGGAGAUUCCUGUAAGGAAAUAUCAUCAGCUCUCCAGUCAGAAAACUCACUGCUGAGUGAGUUGGACCUGAGCCAGAAUCCCCUUAAGGACUCUGGAGUGGAGCUGCUUUCUGCUGGACUGAAGCACAUUAACUGCAGUCUGGAGAAAUUGAGACUGGAGGACUGUGGUCUCAGUGGAGAUUCCUGUAAGGAAAUAUCAUCAGUUCUCCAGUCAGAACACUCACUGCUGAGAGAGUUGGACCUGAGCGAUAAUCCCCUGGAGGAUUCUGGAGUGGAGCUGCUGUCUGCUGGACUGAAGCACACUAACAGCAGACUGGAGAAAUUGGGGCUGUAUAACUGUAAUCUGACCGAUAAGAGCUGUUCCUAUCUCGCCUCUGCACUGAAGACAUCACGCUCAUCAAAUCUCAGAGUGCUGCAUCUGAGUGAGAAUAAGCUGCUGGACUCAGGAGUGGAACUUUUAUGUUCUGCUCUUUGUCAUCAAAACUGCAAACUGGAGGAACUAUGGCUCUAUAACUGUAAUCUGACCGAUAAGAGCUGUUCCUAUCUGGCCUCUGCACUGAAGACAUCACGCUCAUCAAAUCUCAGAGUGCUGCAUCUGAGUGAGAAUAAGCUGCUGGACUCAGGAGUGGAACUUUUAUGUUCUGCUCUUUGUCAUCAAAACUGCACACUGGAGGAACUACAGCUGUAUAGCUGUGAUCUGACCGAUAAGAGCUGUUCCUAUCUGGCCUCUGCACUGAAGUCUCCCUCCUCAAAUCUCACACAGCUGGACCUGGGGUACAAUCACCAGAUGAGUGCAUCAGCUGUAGAGGCGCUCUGUGCUCUAGUGGAGGACGAACACUGUAAACUGAAGAAACUAAAGCGGAGUGAUCAAUACGAUCAUAGGAGAAGAUAUUUGUAAAGUGUACAUUUUGGUUGUGCACUGAGGUGGAUGGUGGUGCAGAAGCUCAUGAAAUGAGGGUGGGAUCCAACACACACCAGCAGGACACACACACAUAACAGCAGCAGCACACACACACACACACACACAUAACAGCACACACACACACAAGCUAGCAGCAUUGGGGAGCGUCUGGAUAUGGUCUGAGGUCUUCCUGAGUGGAGCUCAGCAGUGAGAUGAAUGGAGAAGAGGAGGACCAGUCACUCUCCAACAUGUGCACAGAUGGACAUAUGGACACCAGCAACACACACACACACACCAGUCACUCUCCAACAUGUGCACAGAUGGACAUGUGGGCACCAGUAACUCCUCUCCUAGUUGCUCUCCAUUGGCUUCCUAUAGUAGCCUAAAUUAAAUUUAAAUCUCUCACUUUGGCCUAUAGGACACUGACUCGAUCUGCUCCUAGUUAUUUUAAUU